CCUCGCUUGCCCGCGGCAAUUGCAGAAUCGGAGGAGUUCCGGGGGUAUCGGCGCUUCCGGGUUCCUCCCCAAUUCUCGACAGCUCGGUCGAUCCAUUGCCCGCCGCCAUGGAAUCUCACCACGCCUCGAGGGGCCGCCGCACCCUGGAAGAGAUCCGGCAGAAGAGGGCCGCCGAGAGGAUGCAGCAGCAGCAGCAGCACAACCCGCCCGCCGCCGGCGACCCUUACGGGAACCAAAAAGCCGGAGCAGAGCUCCUUGCUCGAGUUCAGCAGCUUGAAAAUGGCAACAUGGAACUAGAGAGGGAAAACCAAAUGCUGCUAUCCAAGAUUGCCGAGAAGGAAGUCGAGAAGGAUUCCCUGGUGAACCAAUUGAAUGACCUUGAGAGGAAUGUAGUGCCCUCGUUGCAAAAGGCUCUAAAUGACAUUUCAUUGGAGAAGGAUGCUGCAGUUAUCGCCAAGGAGGAUGCUCUAGCGCAACUCAGGAGCAUGAAGAAGCGGCUGAAGGAAGCAGAAGAGGAGCAGUACAGGGCAGAAGAAGACUCUGCAUCCUUGAGAGCGCAGCUGAAUACCAUGCAGCAGCAAGUCAUGAGCAACUCUUACGGUGGAUAUGCAGUGGGAGCGUCAAGCGAGCAAACUCUUGCCAUGGAAAAGGAGAUACAAGAUCUACUGGCUCAGCUAAAGGAAGAGUCACUGCUAAGGCAACAGGAGCAGCAAAAACUAGCCGAAGAGUCCCUACUGAGGCAACAAGAUCAGCAAAAGCUAUCUGAAGAGCAAUCCCUUACUGCUGCUCUGGCAGCUGAAAUGCGAGAGAUGGAAGAAAAAAUUGCUGCAUUAACCAAAAAAUCUUCAGAAGAGGCUUCUGAAUUUGCUGCACGCAAGGCAUUUUCAGUGCAAGAUAGGGAGAAACUUGAAAACCAGUUGCACGAUAUGGCUUUGAUGGUUGAGAGGUUAGAGGGGAGCCGCCAAAAGUUGCUGAUGGAGAUAGAUUCUCAAUCAACAGAAAUAGAAAAUCUGUUCGAGGAGAACUCAACCUUAUCAACUUCAUACCAAGAAGCCAUGUCUGUUACCAUGCAGUGGGAGAAUCAGGUUAAAGAUUGUCUGAAGCAAAAUGAAGAGCUCCGUUUCCACUUGGAGAAGCUAAGAAAUGAGCAAGCUAACCUGUUCAAAGCAAGCAAUACUUACGUCCAGCUAGAUGAGCAAAGUGAGACCAGCAUCUCUAACCCGCCAGAAUUGCUGACAGAGAAUUUCUCUCUAAAGGACCAACUCGUUAAAGAACAGAGCAGAUCUGAAGGGUUAUCGGCAGAAAUUAUGAAACUUUCAGCCCAACUUCGAAAGGCAGUCCAAACACAGAAUAAUCUCGCACGCCUGUAUAGACCUGUAUUGAAAGACAUUGAGGGUAAUCUGAUGAAAAUGAAACAAGAAACUUAUGCGACUAUCCAAUGAUUUCACUGGGGCACGAGUGCAAAGAUUCAGCAACGACAUCACUAGUUCACUACAUAUCACUCUGGAAUUCUGGAUGCAGAAGUUUCUCACAUGAUCUCAAGAUUGCACUUCUUCGCAAACUGAAUUGAUGCUCCCUUUUUUUUUGUCUGCCAACAGGCGUUAGGGGGUUGUUCAUUUAUAGAGUUCAAUCAACAUUGUUGUACAUGUGCCGCCCUAAUGUAUUAUUCAUUACUCUCAUGUAUUUUGUAAACUGAGUGAAAUGACAAAGGGAAUUGCACCUGGCUUCACUCCGGUGGACAUUUGUUUUGCUUUA